UUGUGGGGUUUGGAGCAGGGGCUGGUUUGACACAGCAGUUACUGAGGAGCUAAGGUCUGCAGUUUAACCAGAAGCCUCACACUCAGUUCCUGGUGCCUGGGGGGGGAUCAGGAGAGAGAGAGAGAGAGAAUAGAAUCUUUUGUAUUUGAGAGAGAAAAAAAUUUAAUUGCACUCGAGAAGGAAUCAGCAAACAGGGUAAAAAUGACCCAAGUUGAAACUCACAUCACAUACAACCACACCACGUAUGUGACCGACCAUUACAUGGAACAGGAGGAAGAUUGGGAUAGAGACUUACUACUGGACCCCGCCUGGGAGAAGCAGCAGAGGAAAACUUUCACGGCCUGGUGUAACUCGCACUUGAGGAAGGCGGGAACGCAGAUCGAGAACAUUGAAGAGGAUUUCCGGAAUGGCCUCAAACUCAUGUUGCUGCUCGAGGUCAUUUCAGGUGAACGUCUCCCUAAACCCGACAAGGGGAAGAUGCGUUUCCACAAGAUCGCGAACGUGAACAAGGCUCUGGACUAUAUCGCCAGCAAAGGGGUCAAACUGGUCUCCAUUGGGGCAGAAGAAAUCGUGGAUGGGAAUUUGAAGAUGACUCUGGGAAUGAUUUGGACCAUUAUCCUUCGCUUUGCCAUUCAGGAUAUCUCCGUGGAAGAAACCUCAGCUAAGGAGGGGCUCCUGCUGUGGUGCCAGCGAAAGACAGCGCCUUACCGGAAUGUAAAUGUACAGAAUUUCCACAUCAGUUGGAAGGAUGGUCUCGCACUGUGCGCCCUCAUCCACAGACACAGGCCUGACCUCAUCGACUACUCCAAACUUAGAAAGGAUGAUCCCAUUGGAAACUUAAACCAAGCCUUUGAGGUUGCUGAAAAAUACCUGGAUAUUCCCAAAAUGCUGGACGCAGAAGACAUUGUGAACACUCCGAAGCCUGAUGAAAAGGCCAUCAUGACCUAUGUGUCUUGUUUUUACCAUGCCUUCGCUGGGGCUGAGCAGGCUGAGACAGCAGCAAACAGGAUCUGUAAGGUUCUCGCAGUGAAUCAGGAGAAUGAGAAACUGAUGGAAGAAUAUGAGAAGCUCGCAAGUGAGUUGUUGGAAUGGAUCCGUCGUACGAUCCCGUGGUUGGAGAACCGGAUUCCGGAGAAGACGAUGCGGGACAUGCAGCAGAAGCUGGAGGAUUUUCGGGAUUACCGCCGGGUCCACAAGCCGCCCCGCGUGCAGGAGAAGUGCCAGUUGGAGAUUAACUUCAACACGCUGCAGACCAAACUCCGCCUCAGCAACCGGCCGGCGUUCAUGCCCUCCGAGGGGAAGAUGGUGUCUGAUAUUGCCAAUGCCUGGAAAGGACUGGAACAAGUUGAGAAAGGUUAUGAGGAAUGGCUUCUGACAGAAAUCCGCAGACUGGAGCGAUUGGAUCAUCUAGCAGAAAAGUUUAAGCAGAAAUGUGCUCUUCAUGAGGCCUGGACUGCAGGUAAGGAGGAUAUAUUGAGUAAGAAGGAUUAUGAAUCGGCCACUCUGAUGGAGAUUCGAGCUCUCACGAGGAAACAUGAAGCGUUUGAAAGUGACCUGGCUGCUCAUCAGGACCGUGUGGAACAAAUCGCUGCCAUCGCCCAGGAACUCAACGAGUUGGAUUACCAUGAUGCCGCCAGUGUGAACAGCCGUUGCCAGGCAAUCUGUGACCAGUGGGAUACUCUGGGCACCCUAACCCAGAAGAGGAGAGAUGCCCUAGAGCGGAAUGAGAAACUUCUGGAAACCAUUGACCAGCUGUACCUGGAGUUUGCCAAGCGAGCUGCCCCCUUCAACAACUGGAUGGACGGUGCGAUGGAGGACCUCCAGGACAUGUUCAUUGUUCACAGUAUCGAGGAGAUCCAGAGUCUGAUCACAGCCCACGAGCAGUUCAAAGCCACGCUGCCAGAGGCCGACAAGGAGAGAAUGGCCAUCCUCGGAAUCCAGAACGAGAUCACCAAAAUCGCCCAGACCUACGGGAUCAAACUGUCUGGGAUCAACCCCUACACUAACCUGAACGCCCAGGAAAUCGCCGGCAAAUGGGACAAGGUGAAGACACUUGUACCACACAGAGACCAAACCUUACAGGAGGAACUCGCCCGCCAACAGGCCAAUGAACGGCUUCGUCGCCAGUUUGCAGCUCAGGCUAAUGUCAUUGGGCCAUGGAUUCAAACCAAGAUGGAGGAAAUCGGUCACAUUUCCAUUGACAUCACAGGGUCUCUGGAGGACCAGAUGAACCAUUUGAAACAGUACGAACAGAACAUCAUAAACUACAAGUCAAACAUUGACAAAUUGGAGGGAGACCACCAACUCAUCCAGGAGGCACUCAUCUUCGACAACAAGCACACCAGCUACACCAUGGAGCAUAUCCGUGUGGGCUGGGAACAGCUCCUGACGACCAUCGCCCGGACCAUCAACGAGGUGGAAAAUCAGAUCCUGACCCGGGAUGCGAAGGGAAUCAGUCAGGAACAACUCAACGAAUUCAGAGCAUCAUUUAACCAUUUCGACAGGAAGAGGAAUGGAAAGAUGGAACCUGAUGAUUUCAGAGCCUGUCUCAUCUCCAUGGGUUACGAUCUGGGAGAGGUCGAGUUUGCCCGUAUCAUGACCCUUGUUGACCCCAACAACACUGGCGUCGUAACCUUCCAAGCUUUCAUUGACUUCAUGACCCGUGAGACGGCCGAGACAGACACUGCGGAACAAGUCAUGGCUUCCUUCAAAAUCCUGGCUUCAGACAAGAACUACAUCACGGUUGAAGAGCUGCGUCGGGAGCUGCCUCCGGAGCAGGCCGAGUAUUGUAUCACCAGGAUGACCACCUACACAGGCGCGGAUGGAGUGCCCGGAGCCCUGGAUUACAUCUCCUUCUCUAGUGCACUGUAUGGAGAGAGUGACCUGUGAAAGCUCACCUCACUCCUUCACCUAGAUAGCCACUCAUCUCCAGAACCCCCUCACCCACCAGCCCCCAUUCAGACAACCCCUCCUCCUCCACCACUCAUUCUCAACCUCUCCGCCCUCUCUACCUUCCCCCAUCACAUGAAACAAAAUGGCUGACAGGGAGCACCCCCCACCCCCCCACUCCCCUCCGCCCCCGGUUGUGCCUCCAUCAUCUUCCCCAGCAGAGUCCCGAGAACAAAGGUCCUGGUGCAAGAGGCACCGGCCCAUUCGCAGCUGAUGUUUGAAAGCAGCGUGAGAUUUAUUGGUUGGUGGGGUCCCUUCCCCAGGACUGCUGGUGAUGCAGCUUUCCAGGGAGUCUGAAUUCCCUGGAACGCCCUAUCCCAGGAGGCCACCUUUACCCCUCCAGUCCAGUCCGUUCUCCGAGUCCAGUGACGUUACAUCUCCUCAUCUGGCCCCGGAACAUUCUAGAAGAUGGCAGACUCUCCCUCUCCUCAACAGAAAGUUGGAUCCUAUUUUCCUAACCCCGCUAUUACAUUCUCCGCCUGCCUUACCUCUGAGAACGGGGGCAUCAGGAAUGGAUCCUCCCCCCACCCCCCUCCCAAUUCCCUAAUGCCCAAUUCCCAGAGGGAUGGCAGUGGGGGAACAUCUCCCUGCCCUCCCACCCACACUCUCUCUCUGUCUGACUCCCUCUGUCUUUCUAG